AUGGCCGAAACACCACGGAAAGCAUUUGAGCUCGACAGACCUAAGGCCCCGAGCGAUGAUUCUUCUCGCCGAGGCCCUAUCGACAGUAGUACUGCUGUUGCAGCUACGAAGGCAACACUGACGUCUCCGGGAGUACCCCCCGCACAAGUCGAUCCUCCAAUGACGAAACCGGGGAAUGUUACGCGGACGAUCACGUUGGAUCUUGGAUUCAAGCAAGUCGGGUGCACGGUGGACCGCCCCAAGCGCGCUUUCGAUAAAGCCAGUAAGGCAUCUCCCAAAUCUUCGCCCGCUAUGACUUUCAUCACCGGGGGCUGUGCGGAUGCCAAGCAUUUCGAGGAGGACGUGGACAUGAUGCAGCGCCGAGUGGACAAAAUUGCCCCCAUAUCCCAGUCAGGCGAGACGUCGGCCCAACCGACCCGCAAGUAG